GGGUGGCAUCCAGUGUUGCUAGUUUGCUUUCCCAACACUCCUCAACUCCAACUCUCAAAGCCUCUAUACAAUUCUCUUAUCACUCUGAAAUCUUUGGAAUGGCUCCAGAAUUGCCGGUAGACAUCUUCACGGCCACCGGAAAAGUUUCCACCCUAAACGCAGGCUACUCUAAAAGGGCCUACGUGACAUUUUUGGCCGGCAAUGGCGACUAUGUGAAAGGCGUGGUCGGGUUGGUUAAGGGUUUGAGGAAGGUGAAUAGUGCAUACCCUCUUGUGGUUGCAAUCUUACCAGACGUCCCGGAGGAACACCGGAAGAUUUUAAGGUCUCAGGGCUGCGUAGUGAAAGAGAUUGAGCCUAUAUACCCACCGGAGAACCAGAUUCAGUUUGCAAUGGCAUACUAUGUGAUCAACUACUCGAAGCUACGUAUAUGGAAUUUUGAGGAGUACAGCAAGAUGAUCUAUCUCGAUGCAGAUAUCCAAGUUUUUGAGAACAUCGACCAUCUCUUUGAUAUGCCGGAUGGGUAUUUCUAUGCGGUAAUGGACUGUUUUUGUGAGAAGACAUGGAGCCACUCACUACAAUUCUCCAUUGGGUACUGCCAGCAGUGCCCGGACAAGGUGACUUGGCCGGCGGAGAUGGGUUCGCCUCCUCCUUUUUACUUCAACGCCGGUAUGUUCGUUUAUGAGCCUAGCCGUUUGACUUACGAAAGCCUUCUUGAGACUCUCCAGAUCACUCCUCCAACACCCUUUGCAGAGCAAGAUUUCUUAAACAAGUUCUUCCAACAAAUUUACAAACCAAUUCCUCCGGUAUACAACUUGGUUCUAGCGAUGCUAUGGCGCCACCCAGAUAACGUCGAGCUUGAGAAAGUUAAAGUCGUGCACUAUUGUGCAGCUGGAUCAAAGCCGUGGAGGUAUACUGGUAAAGAAGUGAACAUGGAGAGGGAAGACAUCAAGAUGUUAGUUGAAAAAUGGUGGGACAUUUAUAACGAUGAGUCGCUUGACUUCAAGGCUGAAGACCAAGUUCCACAAGGAGAGACAUGCGCAAUCAUGGCUUCUCUUCCUGAACCUGCAAUUUCCUACAUUCCUGCACCCUCUGCUGCUUAAGUUAAUUAAAAGCAAAUAUAUAUGAGGCUCAAGAGUAUUCAAAAGUUGGAGUAAUUCUCUCUUAUUCUGUUUGAUACUUAUUUUUGGCUACUUGGCCUGUCCUUUUGUCUUUUGUUCCUUCUUCUUUGUUUUGUUUUUGGGUGUAAAACUUCACAAAUACAUAAUGUGUUUGUUGUUAUAUAUCAAAAGGUAUCUACUAGCAAAGAAGUCUAUGACUUUUUAAAUUUGUUAGGAACCCUAAUAAAAUCUUUCGUUGUUGUGUAAGACCUCAAAUUAUUAUCAAGUACUGUAGUCAAUCCGAUCCCAUAUGCUUGUGCACCUUGAAAUCUCUCUCCCCCCCUCUCUCUCUCUCUCCCUGAUGUGACCGGCUUACUUCACCACCUAAAAUGAGAGUCACUAGUUGAUAGUGCUUAAAGUUUGAGUUUGGUUGAUGAAAUCAAAAGGAGAAGAUGGUCGGGUGAAUGGGUUCGACUGGCAUGCCAAAUGUGGAUUUGGGUUUGGGAUUUGAGAUUUUAUAUUAUUCAUUUAAAAUGUAACAUUUGUUCAAUCAUGUAAGGAAGCUCUUAUACUUGGAUCUCUUAGACGAAUUGAAGACUGUAUUAAAAGAUCAAUCGAUUUUUUAGCCUAUUUCAUCCUUUAUGAUAUUAUCGAUUUUGGACAAAGAUGACCUAGAUCUAAAUUGGUCAAUAGAUGAAGGUUU